CUGAGCUCGAUUGCUUCCUCCUUGCGCCUGAAAGAGUCGAUCCCAGAGUCCAUGCCGCCGCUGAUGCAACAUACUGACAGGUCCAACCGGCUUCCACUGACCACUUUUCAUCUCGAAUUGUGACUUCAGUCAUCAAGGCACAAGGCCACAAGCGCAAUGGCAGAACAGCUAAACCCAGAUGAGAAAUUUCACCUCAUCACAAGGAACCUGCAGGAGGUCCUUGGUGAAGAGAAAUUGAAGCAAGUACUCCAAGAGAGAGAGCUGAAGGUGUACUGGGGUACAGCCACCACAGGCAAACCCCAUGUAGCCUACUUUGUCCCCAUGUCAAAGAUAGCAGACUUCCUCAAGGCUGGAUGUGAGGUGACUAUCCUGUUCGCUGACUUGCAUGCCUAUCUGGACAACAUGAAGGCUCCCUGGGAGCUGCUGGAGCUCAGGGUGCAGUACUAUGAACAGGUUAUCAAGGCCAUGCUGGAGAGCAUUGGUGUGCCACUGGAUAAACUCAAGUUCGUCAAAGGGACGGACUACCAACUCAGUAGAGAGUAUACUCUGGAUGUAUACCGCCUGUCCUCCAUGGUGACAGAACAUGAUGCUAAGAAGGCUGGAGCUGAGGUUGUCAAGCAGGUGGACCACCCACUUCUGAGUGGCCUGCUCUACCCUGGAUUACAGGCUCUAGAUGAGGAGUAUCUGAAGGUGGAUGCCCAGUUUGGAGGAGUAGACCAGAGGAAGAUUUUCACUUUGGCAGAAAAGUACUUGCCCUCCCUGGGUUAUACCAAGCGAUCCCAUCUGAUGAACCCCAUGGUGCCAGGUCUGACAGGGGCCAAGAUGAGCUCCUCAGAGGAAGAGUCAAAGAUUGAUUUGUUAGACAAGAGGGAGGAUGUGAAGAAGAAGCUAAAGAAGGCUUUCUGUGAGCCAGGGAACAUCCAGAACAAUGGAGUCCUCUCUUUUGUCAAAUAUGUCCUCUUCCCUUUACAUGGAGAAUUUUGCGUCAAACGAGACCCCAAGUGGGGUGGAGACAAAGUCUAUACCACAUUUGAGGAGGUGGAGAAUGACUUUGCAGGCGAGAUCAUCCACCCAGGAGAUCUGAAGGCUUCAGUGGAAGUAGCACUAAACAAAUUGUUGGACCCGAUCAGAAAGAAGUUUGAGGCCCCGCAGCUCCGCAAACUCACCAACUCUGCUUACCCUGACCCCUCAAAAAACAAGACAGGUGGUAAGGGUGCCAAAUCAGGAGGCGGAGAGGAAGAUGAGCUGGUUCCCUCCAGGUUGGACAUCAGGGUGGGGAAGAUCAUCAGCGUGGAGAAGCAUCCAGACGCCGAUUCGCUGUAUUUGGAGAAGAUUGAUGUCGGAGAGGCAGAGCCAAGGACAGUAGUUAGUGGGCUGGUGGCCUACAUUUCCCAGGAGGACUUGCAGGACAGAAUGGUGCUGUUGCUUUGCAAUCUAAAACCCCAGAAAAUGAGAGGGGUUGAGUCUCAAGCUAUGCUGCUGUGUGCCUCUGUAGAAGCGGAGCCCAGGAGGGUGGAGCCUCUUGACCCCCCUGAGGGCUCAUCGCCAGGGGAACGGGUCUUUGUAGAAGGAUAUGAAGCAGGCAAACCAGACGAAAAACUCAACCCAAAAAAGAAGGUCUGGGAAAAACUACAGGUGGACCUGAAGAUAUCAGAUGAGUGUGCUGCCCAGUGGAAAGAUAAGCAGUUGAUGACCAAACUAGGACAGAUCACAUGCAAGACGUUGAAAGGAGGCAACAUCAGUUAGAUGCACACAGAUUCCACUUACCGCUGAGCACGCGCUGUCCAGAUAACCCACAACAAGAAAGCACUCAUCUCAUCAUUAUGAUAACAGUAAUGCUCAGACUUCACCACCUCGGCUCUUGAAGAACAAAUAGAGCAAGGUUGGGCAGGGAUGCCAAAACCUCAGCUGCUCGGGACCGGCCUAGACAAAUUCAGCAAUAUCUUGCUUUGUCUUAUACUAAGGAAGGGAAGUGUAAUUCAGACCUGUAUUAUAUUUAGAAAUCAUUCAUUAAAAGAUAUUACUAACCAAGCUCUAAUCAAAAUAUCAUAAUGCCCAUUAUUUAUAAGGACUGUGAAGUUUUUUUUUCUUCUUACCAGGUAUUGUACCCUGACAGCAUUUCACUUAAACCUAGAGAAUACCAUUUUCCAGAUAUGGAAGUGGUUUAUGCUCUGUGAAACCUACAUGGUUGUCUCUUUUACGAGGUAAGUAUAACCUCGCAUAGCACAGUAAUGUUCCAGAAAGCAGCUGGUAGAGAAAAUCUCAGGUGUUCUAAGAAGGGAAUUCAUGUUACGGUACUUUUCCUGGAAUUAAACUUCACUCUGUGGUGUUAAUUUUCAUCAGCAAAUGUUGGGUCAUCGGCAUAUCUGCCGGUCUUAAGUCAUUACAACGGUUUAAUUGUUGGAUUUUAGACAUUCGGUGUGUACAGAAAUCAAUUUGCCUUGUUUUAUUAUACGGGGUUGGUAUGUUACGGUAAUAUACAGAUAGAUAUCUGUAUCUGGACAUGAACUGUCAUAUCAAUCAAUAUUGCAUUAUUUCCAAUGAAAUAAAUGACAA